AUGAACAACAUCUUCAAGCCCUACCUGCGGGACUUUGUCGUCAUUUAUCUAGACGACAUCUUGGUCUACUCCAAGACGGAAGCCGACCACCACAAACAUCUACGACUCGUUCUGGAGAAGCUGCGAGAAGAGAAGUUCUACGCAUGCUUACAGAAAUUCGUAAUCCGGUUGGCCCUGCCUUGGCCACAAUUCUUUGGAACUGCAACGGUGAGCCCUCCAGUGAUCGGCCAAUCACAGGUCUUCCACGCUCAGAACGCGGGUUUGACGCAAUUGUGGUAUUCGUGGACAGGUUAA